AUGGCUCGGGUGGCCCAGAAAGUCCACUGGUCUAGAGCUGCAGCAACAGCAGCCACCGCUGCCAAAGCCAAGAGACCAAAGCUUAAGAAGACCGCCGCCAAAAGAUUCAAGCUUAAUAGGAAGCAAAACCCUAGAUCUAAGCUUCCCAAGAGAUCUUGUCGUUUCUUCAUUCAUUCUCUUUCUCAUUCUGGUUCCCGUUGUUGCUGCGGUCGUUCUUGUCGUUCUUGUCGCAGAACUGCAUUUAAGAUUACGAAGAAGGGGGAACAAUCACUUAGAAGGAGAAUUAGGAGACGAAUCAAGAGUGCUACUGAACUUCGAUUGAUGCAGAGCCAACUGGAGCGGAGCCAACUGGAGCUGAUCGAACCGGAACCGACUAUGGCUUUGGAGACAAGCGAGAUUACAGUGGCAUUGUUCUCUCAUGAGAAUGCCAAUGUGUCUGAGCCGGAGGAAGUUCCACCAUUCCUCGACAGUGACUGGGUUCUGAAUGGAGACUUGGCCAGCUCCUAGACCCCGAACGGGUCCAAAGACCCAUAAAACAUCAGUGAACGGGUUUAGGAGCUGAGCUGUGGUCCUGUCAAGGCCACUCAUCACCACAAACUAAUUUGUAUGAUGGUGAAAAUAA